AUGGACAACCUGCUGGAGAUCCUUCGCACAACUACUGACAAUGAGCAACGCAAACGGGCAACGGCACAGCUGCGUCAAGCGCAGGAGAGCAACCCGGAGGCAUUUCUCAUGUGCACGUGGGAGGGCGUCUCCUCUUCAACGGUAGCAGCAGAGGUGCGUUUCUUUCUUGCUAGUGCUGUGGUAGAGUUCGUUGAGCAGUCAUGGCGCAAUGUUGUUCCCAAGAAAUUGCAGCAUGAAAUGAUUGACCGCUACUUGCAGGUGCUGCUGCGCGAGAAGCUUCCGUCGCUGUCGUUGGCGCGGAAAGUUGCACUGGUGCUCAGCGUCAUGGUGAAGCGAUGCGAUGUAAAGGCGAUGCCAGGUGAAUUGCCGGCGCCGAUGGAACGUUCAGCCUCAAUGCUGGCUGAUGCGGCUGUGCAAGCUGCGGGGUGCAUGACGCCCACCUCGAUGGAUUUCGCGACGCAAUGUCUUCUUGCACUCCAUGUGUUCCUUAAGGAGGCCCGGCGAAAGCGCAUUGGCGGCGUGUUCCCGAAGUUGUGUCUCUUACUCGUCCCAGUGAUGUCCACUCUGUUUGCAUCGAGUGCCGCUUGGGACCACGUGGAGUGCUACCUUCCCUUGUUGUACUUGCUGAAGUGCGCCCUGCGUGUGUUCGGCUUUGGCGUAUUUGAGCCGAGCUUCUACCCGUACCUGCUUGACAUCACAUGGCGUCUCGCACAAGCGGUUACGGCGCCUGGGCAGCAGCAGCAGCAGCUGCAGUACCGCCAACGGUUGCUGGAGUACGCGGUGAAGGUGCAGGCAAAGAUGGUUGCCGUUUUCCCUUCACGUCUGCAGGAACUCUCUCUCGCCUUCUUUGUGGCGCAGGAGGGCGCCGCUGAGCGUGAUAUGUCGUUGUUCACUCUCCUCGACGCGAUUAUUGCGAGUCCGCUGGAGGCGGUUGCGACGGAAAAAAUGGUGUGCCGCUCCAUGCGCCUCUUCACAACGUUACUGGCCGUAGAGGACGCUGACCCCUUCACUGCGACCUGCCUCACGGCCCUGGCGAACUCGCCGCAGUUGCACCGUCUACUGGAGCGUGUGAUUAUGCUUCUAGCCGAUGACACAGGCGCCGCGACACUUCGUGAGUGGGACGUCGAUGCGGAGCGGUAUGCUGCGGAGUUCGAUGUGGACAUGGACGACGAAAACAGCGUGACGUGCUGCGCGGAGGAGCUGCUGCUUGCCCUGACAGGCUCCACUGUGUGCGCUGCGAGGAGUCUGGAGGUGGCGUGGCAGAUCGUCAAUGCCUUUCUCACUGCCGGCGACAUGGCGCAUGUCACGGCGGGGUUGCAUGCGAUCGGUACAUGCUACUACACCAUGUCCGUUGGCCAGGACCCGGCGAGCUACCUUAGCUUCCUGACGGGAAAGCUCCUUCCGCUCAUUGGUGCCGCUGCCCAUACGUCGCCGUUUGUUGUGCGGCGCGUGGUAUGGAUUGUGGGGAUGUGGUGUGAGUCCGUGCAGGAUCCGUCCAUGCGUCGCGAAGUGCACGCCGCAUUUGCGUCACUCAUGGCGCCGACGACGUGCACCGUCGUGCUUUUGACCACGCUACGUGCCAUUGGCAAUUUCAUUAACGACGUGAGCUUCACCCGCGAGGAGGUCACACCGGCGUACGUACAUGAUGUGCUGCUGACAAUUCAGCGCACCCUCCCACUGCUGCACACCCCGUCUGCUGUGAAGGGACUCUCCGGCCUCGUGCACAGUAUGAUUGAGCACGGCGUCCUUGACGUUGGUAGUGGCGAAAUGCUGCUUGACGUGCUACUCCCCGCUGUCUACCGCAUUAUCAGCGAGACUCAGGCGGCUGUCAGUGCGACUGGCGACGACGAAGUCGCGGAAGUUGACGCCGGAUCGUUGGGGAUGCUGCUGGAGUGCGUGGGUAGCUGUGCAGGCAUCACUCCACCAGAUCUGGAGGACCGUGUGUGGUCUUUGUUUGCUGCUGUUGUGGUUCCGUGCACGGUGCCCGGUGGUAAGCUGACGUUGUGGGCAGAGGACUACGCAUGGGAGCUGUUGCUGACGAUGUGCCGUGCCGCCCGCACGUGGACACCUGCCAAACGUGACGCGCUUGCCUGGUGCUUCGAGAAUAUGAUGCGCGACACGGCACUCCUGCAUCUCGUGGUGAGGUGCGCAUACACACUGUUGCUAUUGUGCCCUCAGCCAGCGGAGAUACUUGAUGCACAGUUGGCCGACCACGCAGUGACCGUGCUGACACAGACACCCUCUGCCGAGCUUUCCUUGGCAUACUUCGCACUGUUAGGGGUGAUGGUGCGGCUUGGCGACGCGACUCUGCGGUGCCAUCUGCUCAAGACUGCGCUUCAGCAACUCCUUUCGGCAGACUCUGUGCAGUCAGACACAUACAGCGUGCGUCUUGGAGUCCUCGUCGCGUGGUGCCUCCCACCGCACUGCAAUGACAGCGCAUUGGAGGCGUUGGGCGGAGGUAUCAUGCAGCACCCUAACGGUGCCUCUUUUGCGGAGCGUGUCGUGCUGCUUCUUGAUGUAUCGCCAAGCUAUCUGGUCACGGAAAAGCUGCUUACUCUACUGCGGCUGCUGCGUGAGCGACUGCCGCAGUUGCUCAAUGUGGAGGAUGCGCGGAUGGUGCAGUGUGCCAUUGAAGAGUCAGCACCGGAACAAAGGCAACAACAGCAGUUAGAGGCACCACGUGAGGAAGACGAUCUUGAUGGGACAAGACGUAGUUCGGCCGAAAUGCUCCUUGAACUUUUUGGUGACGAACAACUUCUGGGCAGCUCUCCGCAUGUACUUCGCCUCACGUCAGUGUUUGGCGUGCCUUCAAGCUCGUAG